AUGGACUCGCAAUCGUUUCUGAUAACAGGAGGUUGUGGCCUCCAGGGUUCAGAUAUUGUACGGACUCUACGAGAACGUUACCCAACUUCCAAGGUGUCGGUAUUAUCUCGCAGUCCGACCACCAACACCAUUCCCGGCGUUACUUAUCGCAAAGGAAAUAUUACAAACACGGCUCACGUGGACGCCUGCCUGAGGUACUGCAAGCCUACCGUUGUCUUUCACUGCGCAGCGACGGUGGUCGGCACACGAAAGCACGUCCCGGACCAUAUGGUACGGGAGGUCAAUGUCGAGGGGACUGAAUUGCUCCUGCAAAGUUGCAAGGCCGCUGGUGUGAGAGCCUUCAUCUUUACCUCGUCGGCAUCCGUGGUCCAAUGGGCCGGCGUUGAGAUUGUGAACGCCAACGAGACCUGGCCGGUUGUUGCCAUGCCAGACGAGGACAAUGACGGAAACGUCCCCAUCUACCCGCGCACGAAGGCCGAGGCCGAAGUCUUGGUACUGGCGGCUGAUGACCACGACGGCGACAAGGCCGGCAAUGGCAAUGGCGACGGGAUGCGCACCUGUUCGGUCCGACCCUCCGUCAUCUACGGCGAGCGCGACAACGACGUCACGCCGACCAUUAUGCGUACAGCGGGCGCGAUGCGCGGGCUCCAGAUCGGGCCCAAUGCCAAGCCGUUUGCGACCACGUAUGUGGGCAACAGCACGCACGCGCAUCUGCUGGCGGCCGAGAAGCUACUCUCACCGGCGCGUGGAGUCCGGGACUCGGUCGGAGGCCAGGCCUUCUUCGUCGCCAACGCCGGCGCCUACACAUACUGGGACUUUGCACGCACCAUGUGGCAAUACCACAAUCACAACAACGUCAUGUCGGCAAACACUGAUCAAGCGUCCACCGCUUUUCCACCCCGUGACGCCGACGAGUACAACCCCGCGAAGAAUCCGCAAUUUCGCGUCGUGACCAUUGCCAUGGCCAUGUGGGUAGCCUGGGCCUUUGAGUGGUGGGCUUGGAUCAUUGACGAGCCGCCGCGACUCAGCCAGGCCGCCGUGAGCAUCAUGACGAGUGCUCGCGCCUAUGAUAUCUCAAAGGCCAAGCGUGUUUUGGGGUACACGGAGCAGGUAGACUGGGAGGAGGGAUGCCGCCGGGCCGCUACGUGGUGGGUGGAGAAUCGGAAGGGCAACGAAGUCAAGGAGGAUGAGGAGGAGGAGGAGGAGAUGGAGAUUGAGUGA